AAUGGUUAUUCUGUUGAAAUUGGCUUUUGUUCUUUUUGCUUAUUUGGCUACAAUUUUUGCCGAGAAGGAAAAGGACUUGAGAGUUACACAAAAAGUAUAUUUUGAUAUUUCCGUUGGAGGUGUAAGCAAAGGUCGAGUUGUCAUUGGGCUUUUUGGAGAGAUUGUACCAAAGACUGCAAAGAAUUUUUUGGAACUCUCUAAAGGGUCUAUGGGUUUUGGCUACAAAGGAUCAAAAUUUCAUCGUGUUAUCAGAAACUUUAUGAUUCAAGGUGGUGACUUCACUCGAGGAGACGGCACAGGAGGAAAAUCAAUUUAUGGCGAACGGUUCGCUGAUGAAAACUUUGAAUUACACCAUUAUGGACCUGGAUGGUUGAGUAUGGCAAAUGCGGGUCAAGACACUAACGGGUCACAAUUCUUCAUUACUACUGUACAUACACCAUGGCUUGAUGGGAGACACGUUGUUUUUGGAAAGAUUUUGGAGGGAAUGAAUAUUGUUCAUGAGAUUGAAGAUGGCGAAACUGGUGGUGGGGACCGCCCAAAGUUGGACGUUGUUAUCGUGGAUUGUGGAGAACUGCCAGUGGCCGAACCAUUCAUCGUAUCACGUGAAGGCGUUGUUUAAAAGUACAUGAGGAAAGUUUUGCUUUGCUAUAAGACUUAUUAGAGGGUUUGCAUUAAAAACUUAAAAUUGUUGCCUUUUGACUUUCGUUUAUUAAAUUUAUUGUGAAUAAAUUUGAAAUUUAGGAUUUUUAAAAGGUAUCUAUAAUUUUCUUAUAUUUUUUAAGUAAAAUUUUUCCAAAAGGCAUAUUAAAGAAGAAAAUUCUUUUUACCCGUUAUUCGAGUAAAAAAUAGCAGAAAAAUACUAUACAAUUAUUAGCGACCAAUUUUUACAUCUUUUAGUAAAAAAUAAAAAAUAUGUAGAAUAAUAAAAAUGAAUAAUGGGGGAUGUUUCUGGUAUGGUUGGGGCAUAUAAAAUAGAGAAAUAAAGGAAUAUAGUGAAGUUUCUGUGUUAUAAAUAAUGGUAAUAUUCUAGCACAUGGUGUCUCUCGUAAAAGAAAAUUCUCUAGUCUAUC